GCCGCCGCUCCUGCCCCGGCCGCCGCCGCAGCUGCCGCUCCCUUCCCACCGCCGCCGCCCGGGGCCAGCCUCCCGGAGCACGGCCGGCGCCACCGCCACCGCCACCCGGGGCAGCCGCAUCGCCCCGAGGCCGGAGGAGGGGGCGCCGGGGGCCACGCCGUCUCCGUCCCUACCGGCCCCGGGCACCAGAGGGCGGCCCCCGGCGGCGCCGGCAGCAGAGUCCCCGGAGCAGGUAAUUUUGGUACCUCUUUCCAGUGCCAGCCAAUACAUCAUGACCACAUCUGUAAUGAGGACAGUGACAAGAUCUCUCCCGGGUCCAAUUCAGCACCUCUACCUGGCCAUCCUAACAAGGUGAUUUGUGAAAGGGUGAGACUUCAGAGCCUGUUCCCUCUCAUCCCAAGUGAUCAGGAUACUACAGUUCAAGAGGAUGCCCACUUCAAAGCUUUCUUCCAGAGUGAAGACAGCCCAAGUCCCAAGAGACAGCGGCUUUCACAUUCAGUCUUUGAAUAUACAGCAUCACCAGCUCCAUCACCACCAAUGCGACCAUGGGAGAUGACAUCAAAUAGGCAGCCUCCUUCCGUUCGACCCAAUCAGCACCACUUCUCAGGGGAACGAUGCAACACACCUGCACGCAACAGAAGAAGUCCUCCUGUUAGGCGCCAGAGAGGAAGGAGGGAUCGUCUUUCUCGACAUAAUUCCAUUAGUCAAGAUGAAAACUAUCACCAUCUUUCAUAUGGACAGCAGCAAGCAAUAGAGGAGCCUCGAGCCUUCCAUCCUCCGAAUGUAUCCCCACGUAUGUUACAUCCUGCUGCUCAUCCACCUCAGCAGAAUGCAGUGAUGGUUGACAUACAUGAGCAGCUCCAUCAAGGCACAGUCCCAGUCUCUUAUACUGUAACAACAGUUGCUCCACAUGGGAUUCCACUUUGCACUGGCCAGCACAUCCCUGCUUGCAAUACACAGCAGGUUCCAGGAUGCUCUGUGGUUUUCAGUGGACAGCACCUCCCCGUUUGUAGCGUGCCUCCUCCAAUGCUUCAGGCAUGUUCAGUUCAGCACUUACCAGUACCAUAUGCUGCAUUCCCACCUCUUAUUUCUAGUGACCCAUUUCUUUUACAUCCACCUCACCUUUCUCCACAUCAUCCUCCUCAUUUACCACCACCUGGCCAAUUUGUCCCCUUCCAAACACAGCAAUCACGAUCGCCAUUACAAAGGAUAGAAAAUGAAGUCGAACUCUUGGGAGAACACCUUCCUGUAGGAGGCUUUACUUAUCCUGCAUCAGCCCAUCCUCCAACAUUACCUCCAUCAGCCCCUCUCCAGUUCUUAACACACGAUCCUUUGCACCAGGAGGUAUCUUUUGGAGUACCUUAUCCUCCCUUUAUGCCUCGAAGACUUACAGGACGCAGUAGAUACCGAUCCCAGCAGCCAAUACCACCCCCCCCUUAUCAUCCCAGCCUCCUGCCGUAUGUACUAUCAAUGCUUCCAGUGCCACCGGCAAUAGGUCCAGCCUUCAGUUUUGAAUUGGAUGUAGAAGAUGGAGAAGUAGAAAAUUAUGAGGCAUUACUAAAUCUGGCAGAACGACUGGGAGAGGCUAAGCCACGUGGAUUAACAAAAGCAGAUAUUGAACAGCUUCCAUCUUACCGGUUCAAUCCCAACAACCACCAGUCAGAACAGACUUUGUGCGUAGUAUGCAUGUGUGAUUUUGAGUCAAGGCAGCUACUUAGAGUCUUACCCUGUAACCACGAGUUCCAUGCCAAGUGUGUUGACAAAUGGCUUAAGGCAAACGUACCUGCCCAAUUUGUCGAGCUGACGCAUCAGAAGUGCCAUCGUGAUUCAGAAUGACCAAUCUAAGAGCACAAAUUUAGUUUGGGUGUUCCUCAUCACAUGUAUAUAUGGACUUUUCAUUGAAUUUACCUGUGUGGCUUCCAGCCUUCCCCCUACCAAAAAGGUCAAUGGACCUUUCUUUGCACUGUGUGAUUUAAUUAAUUAUAAAGCUUACAUACAAUUAGUCGUCACAAUUAUGGGAUGUUAUACUAACAGUGUGAUUGGAACUCCAAAGACUUUUUCUUUAGCUUAAUUUUGUGUGUGGCACUAACAUUCCCUGGUUUUUGUGUGAUCAUUCCGAGUGUUGCUGCAAGAUUACUGUGGACGUGAUCUUAGCAUGUGCUUUUAUAAAGAGUGGUAGCUCCAAACAAUAUAGCAAUCUACCUUAUAUAGGGCCUUCAGAAACUGUGAGUGGAAAUGAAUGAAAUGUGUGAGUUUGAUGGUGAUAUAUCCAUGUAUGUCUGCAAGUAUGCAAGUAUUUGUGUGAGGGUGUGGUAGCAUAUGUAUGUGUGAGAUCCUAUAUACCAGCAUGUACUGAUGAAUGUGUGUAGUGUUAAUUAUGCUGCAAUGGAUAAUCUUGUGAGUUAUUUAAGCAGUACUAGUACGUGUACACUGGUUUCUCUUCCUUGUGUUUGCUGUGCACACUGAAUGCUAAAGGGUGCAAUCAUUAGAAGCAUUUAAUAUUCCUCUCUCCCCCAAUUCCUUCCUAAUAUAAUUUAAGUAUACAAAGACCAUUUUAUUCUUCAGGUGGCUGUUAUACUUUCCCUUUUUUGGUGGUCUCAACUUUGGCCACUUAUAGAAAAAAUGUUACCAGGACCUAAUUUUUAGAUUCUCUUAUGAAAGUGAAUUGUUAAAAUGUCAGGCUUGCUAUUCCUGUUAGAAGGUGCAAUAUAUCACACAUAAUCAGUUAGCAAUAUUAACAUGUUCAGUCAGUAAUUUGACUGUUGAUGUAUGUUCCCAUCUCCUUAACAUUUCAUGUCAGCUUGUUAAAUAAAGUACCUGUGAUUUUUUUCUUUUUUUUUGUUAACUGUUAGGUUUUUUACUCUGUGAAGAUGCUUCAGUAAUUUGUUACUAAGAAUAUCCCCAGUCCAUGUAGUCCCACCUCCUGAAAUUAGCCUUCUCCUUCACCAGAAUCUUUCUUUGCAUUGAGUAGUUCAAACUGGAUUCCUGGCACAUAUUCCUUGUUGUAUAGUGCAAGCAAAAAUUGAGAGGAAAUGACAUUUCUCUUCCGCUGUUAAGUAGUUUAACUAAAAUUCUGAUUCUGAACAUAGUCUGGCUAGUUCUCUUUUGGAGAGUACCAUUUCCCACUUGGUACCCCUUUUAUCUUGUGCUGUAUGGGUGAACUCCAUGAUGAGACCCCUGCUUUUUUUUCUUUGUCAAACAUGGGGUUGGGGGAUGUUGGGGUGGGGUUUUUUUUUUCCUUGCAUGAAUGAGUAAAGUGUAAUACAAUCAGUGGUCCAGGAUGUCAGCAGUAUAAAAGAGGAUUCCGUUCUGGAUUAGAACAAAUAACGCUGUGAAAAAAGGUAGUUAACCUCCCUUCAAUUGACCUGAAUAAUAUUAUAGUUGUGGUCUUGAAUAAACUGAUUCACUUACCAUAUCUCAAACUGAUUUAGACUGUUUUUCAGUAAUAGAGUUAGACAGAAAAGAAUUCCAUUUCCUGAAUCCCUCUGCUUCUACCUUGGUUGAACAUCGUUACUUUGGUCACAGUACCAUAAGCAGCACACUUAGUUAGCAGUCUUGUCCCAGCUUUAAGUUCCUUGUGUCAUAACUUUGGAUGCCAUUCAGCUUGUCAGUUAUUUUUUUCAGACAGUGUUAUUGCUUACCACCAUGGCUGCUUUGCCCUCUUUUGUAGACUCUAUAGACUAAUCGCAACGUGAAGUUGAGUAACAUAAAACAAGCACAAUUUUGCCCAUUUUUCUGACACUGUUGACUCCUACCUAGUUAAAAUGAGAAGAUAGAAUUAUAAAACUUUUUGGUCUGCCCAUAUUUGUCAGAUCUUAAGAGCACUAAUGAAAUAAAACAAUGAUAAAAAAAAUAUAUACAACAUACUAUUUUUUUAAACGGUUAUAGACCCCCCCUCCCCCAAAAUGUGGUAGAGUGGACUUAUUGACACAACCAACCACAAACCAAUUAAAUCAUGUAUAGUUAACCUUUAUUUUUUUAAAAUAAGGAAAUCAUGUUUAAAAUUGCAUAUGCCACACAUCUGAUACAUAGACUCUUUUAUAUAGCUGCAGAAAAAAAUCUUUUUAUCUGUACAGAUGUAACAAUAACACAACUACACUCAGUAUUCACUUUAUUGAAGCAUGCAAAUAAAGCACUUUUUCUAAUUUAGAUAGAAAUACAUAAUUAACAAGGCACAUUGUACUAAUAUUUAGAUAAAGUAGUACUUUUUUCCUUGAACUUAAGAAUUCUUGUUAUAAUGUCCCUUUUCCAGUGAAGUUCUGUGAAGCAGUUGACAGUUUAGAGGGCAGUAAGGACUAAUUUGGUAAAUAUUGAAUUUAAUUGUUGCACUCUUGUAGCUAAUCUGAAAUUUAAAAAACUGUUAUUUGCAUGGAACUCUUGGAGAUGUAUGCAGAUUUAUUUCCAUGAGGUAGCCUGUAUCUAAAGCACACAUGCAUGUGUUCUGAACCAGCUCAGACUAGCUGCAUUUGAACCUCCCCUGUUGUGGCUGACAAAGGGGGAAAGAGAAAGGGGUUUCUUGUUCAGCUGUUACUGCCUUUAAAUUAAUGCACCUCCACACCCUUACAGUGGUAAUUCACAGCACCAGAAUCCAAUACGAUAUUUGUUUAUUGCCUUUGCCCUCUUUUCCUUCCAAAAAUGAAAAUGAUUGAUUGGCAUUACCAUCCUUAGCUCUGCUGUGGUUGAUGCAUGAAUUGUCAACUUUAUUUAUUUUUGAAAGAGAGAUGUCAAUGCCUCCAGAUAUCAAAUCUCAUUUCUUACUGAAAGUUUUUCAAGCAAAAUGGGGGAAAUGUGUAAGUAUGUUUAGGUUUUAUACAAUCUCUUAACUGUGAUUUGUUUACAGCUCUUAAAAUUUAGGCCUCUUGUAAAUACUUUGGAUGGGAUCUACCAACUCACUUUCCUUUUAGGAAAACAGUUUUGUUGGAGAUAUCUUUGGGCCGCCAUUAAAACUGUUUUUAUUUUCCUUUUGGUACAUUCAGUUACCUCAUUUUGCUGUUUGUUUCAAAUUUGCUAAUAAUGAUUAUGAAAGCUUAUGAGUUUUUUGUUGGAAAUCAUAUUUGUUGUCUUUCCUUCAUCAUACUCUAUUGUAUCAUUUAAUGUAGUUUUAAAUGUAUUAUAAUACCUGUAACCAAAUCAUUUGAAGGCUUGAUAAAUUUUUAACAAAAUAUGUACAUUUUUUUAUGAAAGUUAUUAGUAAUGCUUUACUAAGUAGUGCAAUGAAUUUUUAUUUUUAAUCCCUGUGCCCUAUUUUGGAGUUGAGAGGUUGUUCAGUAAUAAAUGUAUGAUGGUAUACUUAGAA